UUCCAUCGUUUGUACGAGAGAGAGAGAGAGAGGAAAACUUUUAAAAACCAAAUUUCUUCUUCUUUGAUCUCUCUACGAUACCAAUCAAAACCUACUCUUUCCGGGUUUUUUUGGCCUUAAGAACACGUAGUUUCGAAUCCAUCGAAACUCUUUAGUACCUAUAUACACACACCAAACAUCCCAAGUUCGUUGGCUCUGUUUUUGGGUGUUGAAAUUCGUCGAAAAAACGAGUUUUUCUUCUUGGGUUUCUCUUUUUGUUGACCUAGAGGAGAAAGUUAGCCAUGGCGUCCAAUAAUAGCGAGAAAAUCAACGAUAAUUUGUACGCUGUUCUGGGUUUGAAGAAGGAAUGUUCGUCGACGGAGCUCCGUACUGCUUAUAAGAAACUCGCUCUUAGAUGGCAUCCAGAUCGUUGUUCAUCAAUGGAGUUUGUAGAAGAAGCAAAGAAGAAGUUUCAGGCAAUUCAAGAGGCCUACUCUGUUCUGUCUGACUCCAAUAAGAGGUUCCUGUAUGAUGUUGGAGCUUAUAAUACUGAUGAUGAUGACCAAAACGGAAUGGGAGAUUUUUUGAACGAAAUGGCGACUAUGAUGAAUCAAUCCAAGCCUAAUGAGAAUAACACAGGGGACAGUUUUGAACAAUUACAAGAUCUGUUUAAUGAGAUGUUUCAAGGAGACCCUGCAGCAUUCUCAUCAUCAUCGUCUUGCUCCACUUCAACAUUCACUUCCUCUUGUAGUUUUGUAUUUGAUACAAAUGAUCAGCGGUCGUCACCGUUUGAGACAAGUUCGAUAGGGAUUAAUAAUGAUCCUUUCCGAUAUGACCUGAGAGCUCAUUCCUUCUCUUUAGGGGUGGACCAUCAGCAAGAGUUCAAGAAAGGGAAAAACAAUGGCGGAAGAAGAAACAGGAGAAAGAACAAUGCUAGCCAUGAAACGUCGUCGUCAAACAACUAUGGAGUGCCCACUUCAUAGCCACUUCACACCAUAUUUUUUGCUAACUCAUGUCCACAUUUGUCGACUAGUCACAGACAAGAUGAGUGGUUGUUGUCUUCUCAACAAGGAUGCAUCGAAACUCAAAGGGUCGUCGUUUUGUAAACUACCCACCUCCUCCUCUCGAAGCUUCUUCUUUUUGUUUCUCUCUGCUUUAUUUUGUUAUUGAAUUGUUGUCUCCUAAAGCAAGAAUCAUUAAAGAUCGAUGAAAUCAGUUGCUUUAUGUUGAUCCUUCUAUAUUCUUAUUAGUCAUUGUUUAAUUAUUUUAAAAUAUACAUUAUUGUUUGUUCCA